CGUCUCCCUAGUCGAUUUCUAUGCGUUCUUGCAACAAAAACUGGAACCAUCACUAUGCGUCUCUAUAUUCGCGCCUCACAUUUCCCGCCAUAAUACUCCAGAAAAACCCUCUGUUCUUCACAAAUCCUAACCACAAAAUGGCUUCCGCGAAAGCCAUUACAGAUUUCUUCCCACCGGCAAAACGCUCCAAAGGAGCAGCGGCAGCAGCUUCGUCCCUGGAAUCUUCUUCAAAAAAAAGUAUCCUUUCGGUUUCCCAAAAACCCACCACCAACGCCGUUCCAUUUCCAUCUACCACACCAGAAUCGGUUGACGGUAGUGGAGUUCAGCUUUCACCUUCGUCGAAUCUCAACGAGGAACAGAAACUUAGGGUUCAGUUCAAUCAAUCCCUAGCGAAAGCCAAACGCAAUCUCAAAAUUUGUGCUGGGAGAGUCUCGAAAUCCACUUCAGGUGAGGGGUUAGGGUCUAUGAAACUGGAAGAACUAUUGGUGGAAGAAACAUGGUUGGAAGCCCUUCCUGGAGAGUUUCAAAAACCCUAUGCCAAGAAAUUGAGUGAAUUUGUAAAGGCUGAAAUACAAAGCCCCAUACCAAUCUACCCUCCUCAACAUCUGAUCUUCAAUGCUCUGAAUUCAACCCCAUUUGACAAGGUCAAAGCUGUCAUCAUUGGUCAGGAUCCAUAUCAUGGACCUGGUCAAGCCAUGGGUCUUUCUUUCUCUGUUCCAGAAGGUAUAAAAGUACCUUCAAGCUUGGUAAACAUAUACAAGGAACUUCAACAGGAUUUGCAGUGUUCAAUACCUUCUCAUGGGAAUUUGGAACGAUGGGCUGUACAGGGUGUUCUGUUGCUCAAUGCUGUUCUCACUGUUAGGCAGCAUCAAGCAAAUUCUCAUGCAAAGAAAGGGUGGGAACAGUUUACUGAUUCUGUAAUUGAGACAAUUUCUAGAAAGAAAAAAGGAAUUGUUUUUCUUCUUUGGGGAAACUAUGCUCAAGCAAAAUCCAGGUUGAUUGAUGAAAGCAAGCACCAUAUUCUGAAAUCAGCACAUCCUUCUGGUUUAUCUGCUCAUAGGGGAUUCUUUGGAUGCAGACAUUUUUCUCGUACCAAUAGAAUCUUGGAGGAAGCAGCUACUUCUCCCAUUGAUUGGCAACUUUAAAUUACUGGAUUUGGCUCUAUUUUUGGAAACAUUUAUACAAUUUGAAUGUUGUUAUUAAUCAAAAUGUUUCAUUUUGUGUGGUUAAGUUAUCUACCACAUAUCCAUCUAGAACUUGUAUCUGAAACAUAUGACACAACAAAAAAGUGUCUGUGUUAAAGAUUAAUCCAUACAUUAGAGUUGAUUGAAACAUUCUGGCAUAACAAACUAUAUUAAGUAAAAUACCUAAAUUACCCCCC